CUCUGGUGAGUGUGAGACUCUUUCUUAUGAAACACUUUUUGACGCAUUCAUUAUUUUCAGCAGCUUUAAAGUGCAUUUCUGUUAUCACCUGCCUCCUGGUGUUUGUCACAAGUGUUGCAACUUGUGUGACGUAGAUUCAUAUCUUCUUCAUCAACAGUUCCUCAGAAAGAGAGAGUGUUUACCAAAUCUUGACACUUUCUCCAGGAAUCAAUUCUUUCGUGUUGCUCGAAACAAACACUUUUGUGUUCGAGUUUAUAUCUCAUAAUUCAGAAUUUCAGACAACAAAAGGAGAACGGUUUUAUUUCAAACUCCUGUUUUUGUGAACUGGUCUUAUCCACACCCUGAUAAUAGAUGUAUGCUGAUGAUUUGAGUUGUCUUGUAUACAGCCAGAAGAGAAAUGGAAGGAAGCUGCCAAAGGAAGUGUUUUUCUGCCAUAUCACCCUGAUGUUAUCGCUCUUCUAAAAAAACCUGAACUUUGCAUUGAGAAACCACGAGAAAACCACUGAGGCUCCAACAGCAUGUGCUCUACUCCGACUAGCUACAGAUCUACAGAAUUCAUAUCCAUGAGCUCCUAGAUGUCUUUGGCUGCUGAGGUUGUUUCAGGCUUUUUUCUUCUAAAAUCACUUCACCUUGUUCUUCAAGAUGAGAAGAUGAACUGCAGGAGAUCUGUGUGCAUCUUUAUCUGUGUCUUCUACUUCUGCUCUGCUUUGGGAGACGCAAAGCACACUUUCAGCGUUCAAGAGCUGACGGUGAGUCCGAAAGAUCUGAAGGGUUGUGGGGAGAAAAAUAAGCUUUGUGUGAAGCUAGAUGACGAUUGUCUCUCCAUAUCAUCAGACGGAGCUCCUCAAGUCCCCAGAACACCUGAGAACUUCCUGAACACAUCAUGCCACUAUCUGAUCCAAGAGGAGUCGUUGACCUGCAGAUGGAUUCAGACAAACCACAUCAGAUCACAAACCACCAACAGCUUCAUUCUAAGCCAAGCUAAGUAUUUCUGCUACCCUACAACUAUUUUAAAUAUAUAUUCAACUUUCAAUUUAACCAUCAAAACAAAGAAUGUCAUCAGCCUGAAAGAGCAGUUCUCUGAUGUCUAUCUGGUUCGCAUUCAGGAUAUAAUCAAGGCUCCUCGGCCGCUGAUCACGUUUGUAAACGUCACUGAUUCGUCAAUCAACAUCACAUGGACCACAGGGAAAGAACCAGUCACUAAAUGCAAAAUCCGUUACAAAUGUAUCAACACAGAGUCAUGGACCGAGACUGCAGAUUUGCCGUCCUCAGUCGAGUCUUGGUUCGUGAUCGAGGGUUUACAGGCCUUCAGUGAAUAUCGUCUGACAGUCUCCUGCUCUCACAGAUUGGGACGAUGGAGCGACUGGAGCGACUGGAGCGACGAGACUCGAGUGAAGACGUCAGAGAGCCUGCCGUCUGCUGCUGCCUCUCUCAGUUAUUAUGUGGAUUCAGAUGAAAACUCCAGGAUUCGGCAGCUGGUGCUUCUCUGGAAGGCUCUGGAUGUCAGAGAUGCUCGAGGGCUCAUUCGAGGAUAUGAAGUGUCCUACAAGCCCAUCAGACAACCCUCUCUGAAGAAAACCAUCAACACCACUCAUCUCAAGAUGCAUUUUCAAGUGAGUCAUUCCGAUUAA